UGUCGUUUUCUCCAGGAUGGUUUCCGCACAUGCGUAUAUAUAUCUCAAUCGGUUGAAUUGGCAAAUUUGAUUCGAUACAAUACAUUCUGUGUGACGUUCUGCAAAAACCACCUUCUUUAUUCCGAAAAUAGUUCAAUAACUUCACAUUGACUGCUAUAAUGUAGAAAAGUGCAUCACCUAAAUUCCAUUUGUGAAAAUGUCCUUUCUUAACUUCAAGUUCUCUAUAAAAUCGAUGAAACUGCUGAUUUGUUUCAUCGGAGUGUCUUCGCUGCUGCUUUUGGUUUUCUGCCUCUACACGACGCUUAACACCCCAGAAAAGGUUGUACAACCGUUGAUUCCCGGUCCCGAUCAAAACGUGAUCAGCUACGAGCUGUUGCGAAGCCAGAACGCAGCUCUGGUGCCAGAGAAGUACAACGAACAUGAAGUAAAGUCCCGCAUCAUCAGAGAUAAAAUCAAGCGGCUAGCCGGAGGGAGAAAUACUGAUCUAAGCUCACCUGUGCGUCGGAAUCGAACCAUCGCGUUGAACCAGAAUAUACAGAUCUUUUACUAUGCACCGGUCGCGUGGUACAGAUCCCAUCCCACGGUGCCCAGUGAUCGGGUGGUUAGCCGAAUAACCGAAAAUGGAUCAGCCGUUUCAUUUCGUCCAAACGAUGAUCAGAUUAUCAAUGUAGCAUUUUAUCCGAAAAGAAAAUUGUACAACACUACAGAAACAAUAAUUAGAGAACACUUCAACGACAUUCAAAACUGUGGCAUUGGUGUCGUUGUUCUCGUGUGGUAUCCAUCCUUCCAUGAAGGUUUGCUAAGAGCUAUCUUCAAAACAGCGGCCAUCUACAAUCUCAAGAUUGCGAUCGAAUUCCGGGAAUACCCGGAACGAACGAUCGAGAGUAUUCGAAAUAACAUUAAGUACUUUAUCGAUUUGUUUGGAAAAGAUGAAGAUGGUAGCACGCUGAGCUACUUUAAGGUUAUGUCAAAACAACGUGAUCUUCCGAUAUUUUACAUCCGAAAGGCAUAUCAAAUCAGUGAUGCAGAGUGGAUGCGAUUACUCUUACGCAAUGGCAUUUUAACUAUUCGCGGAACAAUGUACGAUGCUAUAGUCUUGGCGCAUAUUUCCACCAAAGAGCACAAAUCAAUCGUACGCCGUGGAGGAUUUGAUGGUUUUUACACGUACCUCCCGAGCAAUGGCGCAAACUACGUAAGCACGUGGAAGAACUGGUCGCAAUUGAAAAAGUUCGCCGAUACAUACCAUCUUAUGUUUGUGCCGACCAUUGGUCCCGGGUAUUACGAUCGGAAGAAAUAUUCUCGUAACGCCAACCAAAUCCACGGAAUACCCAACAUCAAGCGUUAUCGAUCGAAUGGGCAAUACUUCGACGUCGCUUGGCGAACCGCGCUCAAGAAUAACGCCCAGAUCAUCACAAUUAACAGCUACAACAACUGGGUGGAUGGUACGCAAAUUGAAGCCGCCAUACCGGUGUUUGGCUUCCGGGAUUAUCAGCCGGGGGCACCGGAGAAGUAUCUGGACCUGACGCAAUCCUGGAUUGAAGAGUAUGUCAAGUACAAGCUGAACAGCAUCAAGCUGAGCGGAAAAACUGAAGCCGCACUAGGCUGUUACGAUUUUAUCAACAAUACUAUUUGCUAAACUGUGUAGAUUCGGAUUUCAAUCUUUAGCUUAUUUUGCACAAGAAUCACCAUCACCGUAAAUUGUAUAGGUAGGAAUCAAAACUCUUGAGCGGCUGAUAUAUAUUCUAUGAGGUAUUGAUGAUUCCAGAAUAUCCUGCUGUUGAGAUAUUAGUCAUGUAGAUUAUGAUUGGAUCCAAUUUAUCAUGCAUUUGCUACGAUUAAAAUCAAAUAGCUGAGAGCAUUUGAUUAAAGUCGAUUGCAGACUCAAAGUUUUACAGUAUCUCCCUUCUUCACUGUUGUAGAUCGUAGAUGCCAAAGGUUGUAGUUUACAAACAAGAAAGUUGAAACAAAAAAUGUGAAUAAUUUUACAAUACUA